AUGUGCAUUCAAGCCUUGCCUUUGGUCCGCCGUGCUAAUUCCGGAGAAGCCACAUUCUAUGGCGUCGGUCUCGGAUCCUGUGGCAAGAAGAACACCAACAGCCAGAUGGUUGCAGCCUUGAGUUCAUCGUUGAUGAAGAACCUGAAAGCUAGAUGCGGCAAGAAAGUCAAGGUCACAAACGGAAAGAAGUCGGUUGUAGUCACUGUGGUCGACAGUUGUCCUGGAUGUGCCAAAAAUGACAUUGACCUUAGCCCGGCUGCCUUUAAGAAAUUGGCCAGUCUUGGUGCCGGACGUAUCAAGAUCAAGUGGACCGAUGCAUAA